AUGGGGUCGGUGGCACAUCGUCAACGAAAGGGCGCCAAACAUAACAUUAGUCAACAACAAGUUCAAGAUGAGGACGAGGAGAUCGACAUUAUGAAUGAUAGUGAUGAUGAUGAUUCAUCAACCACUACAACUCUAAUGAUGAGUGGCAGUAGUUACACUGCCAAUGCUACAACUACAACAACAGCAGCGGCAGUAUAUACAGUGGCACCACCAACAAUACAUCAUCUGCGGAAGAACAACACAAAUAGUAGCAGUAGCAACAGCAAUAGUAGCAGUAGCAGUAGCAGUAUUGGUGGCAAGAGUACAAUGAAGAAGCAACAGCAACAUCGCGACGCCAAUCAUGUCACCAGUGAGUCAAGCGACGAUGAAUCAUCAUCAAAGGUUGCAUCUAAAAGACCAUCAAGGAGUGAUGAUGACAGCACAAAGAAGAAGCAGAAGCAGAAGAAGAAGUCUACGACUACAACUACAACGACAUCGACUACGGCGAAUUCAAAGAAGAGGAAGAGUGGUGAUGGAGGAUCAACAUCGACAGCAUCAUCAUCAUCAUCGACAAGCGACAAUCAAUCAGGAAAGACAAAGAAGCAUCGAAAGAGUGGAAGUGAAGAUGGCAUACAUAUUACAAAGGAGGAGGACGAAGAUGUCACUGUUCAGAUAAACGAUGUCGAGAACUUUGAUCAAAGUUCGAGCAGCAACAACAACAACAGCCCAGGCAGGAGUACUAUUGCAACAAAGAUGCCACCAAGUAAUAGUAGUGGCAAUAAGCUGAGUCGUCAUUAUCAGCAACAUACAACUGUGCCACCGAAGCUAAAGAACAAGAAGCUGCCACAUUCAAACCUGCGAUACUCUACCACGGCAGAGACCACGCCAGAUCACAGCAGCAGUGGCUCAGACACUGAGAUCAACAUCAACACAUCAGACAGCGAGCGAGACGAUGUCAAAGGCAAGGACAAGGGCAAGGACAAGGACAUUGGUGUGGACAAGGACAAGGACAAGUCAAAGUCCAAGGACAAGGACAAGACCAAGGAUAGCGACAAAGACAAGGACAAGGACAAGGAUGAGGAUACAUCAAAGAAAGAGAGAAAGAAGGAAAGAGAGAAGAAGAAGAAGAAGGAGAAGGAAAGAGAGAAGGAGAAAGAGAAGGAGAAGGAGAAGAGCAGGAAGAAGAAGAAGAAGAAGUUGCUGAAACAGCAACAGGAGCAACAAGAACAACAAAAGCAACAACAACAGCAGCAGCAACAGCAACAACAACAACAGCAAGAGUUACAUCAUGAACAACAACAGCAACAACAACAGCAACAACAACUUCAGCUGCUGCAACAACACCAUCAUGUGGUGCAACCAAACACGACGACAUCCAACGAACUGGAUCACACAUUCCUGGCGCCAUUGCCCACGAUACCUCUCUCCUCCAAGCACAAUCAGCAUCAUCAUAGUCACCCUUUCCAUCCACAUCCACAUCCGCACCCACAUCCACAUCCACAUCAUCACAUGCCCGAGCACUCGGCAGCCCCACCCUCGCUACCAUUCUUUGCUCCAUUUUCGCCAAUGAUGACUUUCCCCAUGCCACUGGCUUCACCUAUAUCACCGAGCGUCAUGGACCUGGCACCACUGCCCAUGCUCUCGCCAGUGUGCUCGCUAACGUCACCGCUCUCACCACUAUCUCCUCUGCAAUCGCCCGUGUCGCCAUCGUUCGCGACGAUCAAGGCCGACGAGAGGAAGGAGCGACACCCCAAUAGCAUCUUUGGCAACCUGCUCACCAAGAAGGAGCCGGUCGUCGUCAACAACCAGCCCGUCAAGCAUCUCUCCAUUGGCCCCAACAAUCCCACCAUCCUCAUGCAUUCGAUCAUAUCGGCGGCAACCAACAAGGUGGCGGCGGCGGCAGCAGCUGCACACGCAGGAGCCACCGGAGUCGGCGGAGUCGGGGGCGCGCCAUCCACCGAUCAGCUCAACACGAUCGUGUCGGCGCCAAUGUCCCUCGUUCUGCCUUCGUCCAUACCAAAGUCAUACAGCUCGCUGCAGGGCGCGGCCGACCAGCAGGGCCUGAUCGGUCUGUCAACGGCUGGCAUGUCCAGCUCCAAGCGCUCAAAGCGAUUCACAAUGGACCCACACGUGCAGAAGCACUUCCAGGCCACGGUGUGGUACGAGGAGGAGAAGAUGCUGUUCCGCGAGCUGUUCUGCGCGUAUGGUCGCGAGUGGCACAUCAUCUCCACACUGAUGUGCGGCACCAAGUCACCGACACAGAUCAAGAACUUUUACUACGACGUGCGACUCACACUUCUGGCGCCAUUGUUUGGCCUACAGAUGGAUGAGACGAGGGCGCGCAUCACCAUUCCGCAUCAGGCACAGGCGCCUCCCUCACCCGUCGCAUCAGCGACCACUCUAGACUCUGGCGCAUCGCCAAUUUCUGACACACCGAUGGCAACACCCACAGGCCCGGCAACGAUGGCAACACCCACAGCCACCGCCGCCACAGCUACUGCUUCACAAUCACCCUACACGCAAGCCACGCCCACAGUUGCUGGCCCCAGCCAGCUUUGA